AUUCCAAUAACAAAAUUUUCAUUACCAUUAUAAUCAAAACAGGGAAAAAGAACAUGACAACUGUAGCCCAACAUGUGGAUACUCGAGCACAGAGAAUUUGGAUUGAAUGUUGUGAGAGAGAAAAAAAGUUAAGAUUGAAAUGGUUUAUUGUUAAUCAACAAAACAUUCAAAAGCUUUCACAAUCAGUACCAAGGAAUGAAAAGAACAUUGCGUUGCAAAAUGAAGUGAACGCAAAAAGAGUAGAUAUUUAUCGAAAUGCGGCAGCCAACCGUCGUAUAAGAAAACCAAAACCGAACAUAGAUAUUAUAAAUUAUGAAGUAGAUGAAAAUGUCAUGCUGAAUCCGAUGAAACCAGUUGAUCCAGAGUUACAAGAUAUAUUUUACGAAGCAAACGCCCAAAAUCGCAAAUUAUAUCUUAAGUUAAGAUCCCAUAUUAUGCCAGAAGAUCGAUACUAUUUUCGUGAAACAACUGGUUUUCAUUAUGGUUGGAAAAUGAGACAUCACGCCAAGGAAUCUCUAUCAUCGAAAAAAUUUGGCAAAAUACAAAUUAUACGACAAUCGUUUUAUCGACGAUCAGGAAUUGGUGGUGAUCCAGAAUAUUAUAGAGAGCCAGCUCAAUUUAGUCCAACAAUAUGCUCUAAGUAAUUUAUUUAACAGUUCUUAUAUUUUAACCACAAACCAGACAAAAUCUAAAAUAGAUAUUUUGGUGAUUGUAUUCAUGAAACUUCAUGAAGCUUUUUGUAAUAGGAUUUACAAAAAUAAAGAAUUCCUAUUUAAUAUUUUUAUUAAGAAAUAAUCGAAUGAAAAUUUUAUACUUUUGA